AAAUACGGGCCGGGCACCAGCUCGGCUCCAUCAAAAUCUCGCUCUCGCAUCCCGAACAACGCCUUGGGAAGAAUGGCUCCGUCCGGCAUCGUUUUCGUGGACCAAAACGGCCUGCUCUCCCCGAAAGAGAAAAAUAAACUGCGGAAGCCGGUGGUGGAGAAGAUGCGUCGCGACCGCAUCAACAGCAGCAUCGAGCAGCUCAAGCUUCUCCUGGAGAAGGAGUUCCAGCAGCACCAGCCCAACUCCAAGCUGGAGAAGGCCGACAUCCUCGAAAUGACGGUGGACUAUCUCAAGCAGCAGGGCCAGGCCCAGGCCAAAGUGGUUCAGAAAGACGCUCAGGUGGACUUCAAGCAAGGCUACUCCAAGUGCCUUCACGAAGCCUUCCAGUUCAUGUCCCACCACAAGGUCCACGCCGAGACCCAAGCCAAGCUGGUGAACCACUUCCAGCGCAGCCAGCUGUCACCACCGGACACCACGAGCUCUCCCGUUGCGCUGAAGCACUCCUCCUCCAAGAGCCUCCACAACCUCUGGAGACCGUGGUAGAACGUGGACUUUGAUUCCAGAGGGAGGGCUGGACUCUGGUCACAAGGCCCUGGUCCUCUUCUUCGUAGGGAACAUUUCCCCUUCUUUAUUGUUUACGGGGGUACGGUUUCGGAGAUGCACUUGGGCUGGGAUUCAGUUGUGGGGUGGAGUGUGGGACCUGCAUCUUCAUAAUGAAGAUGGCAUCUGGUCAAUGAAGGGAAACCAUGGUUCUCCAGAACUUGAAGGACCACAACGUCCAUCUUGCCUCCUCACUGACAUUGGGCUGGGAUUCGAUUAGGUUGUGGUCCGAUGUGGGGCGAAAAUGUGGGAUGCGCAUCUUCAUAAUGAAGACGGCGUCUGUUUAGUGAAGGUCCAGAUCCAUCACCAUGAAGGGAAACCAUGGUUCUCCAGAUCUUGAAGGACCACAACGUCCAUCAUGCCUCCACACUGGCAUUGGGCUGGGAUUCGGUUAGGUUGUGGUCCGAUGUGGGGCGGAAAUGUGGGAUGCACAUCUUCAUAAUGAAGAUGGCACCCGUUUAGAGAAGGUCCAGGUCCAUCACCAUGAAGGGAAACUAUGGUUCUCCAGAUCUUGGAGGACCACAACGUCCAUCACACCAUGGGAUUCGGUUAGGUCUUGGUCCGAUGUGGGGCGGAAAUCCGGACACGCAUCUUCAUAAUGAAGAUGGCAUCUAUUUAGAGAAGGUCCAGAUCCAUCACCAUGAAGGGAAACCAUGGUUCUCCAGAUCUUGGAGGACCACAACAUCCAUCACACCAUGGGAUUGGGUUAGGUCUUGGUCCGAUGUGGGGUGGAAAUGUGGGAUGCACAUCUUCAUAAUGAAGAUGGUGUCUGUUUAGUGAAGGUCCAGAUCCAUCAUCAUGAAGGGAAACCAUGGUUCUCCAGAUCUUGAAGGACCACAACGUCCAUCUUGCCUCCUCACUGACAUUGGGCUGGGAUUCGGUUAGAUUGUGGUCCAAUGUGGGGUGGAAAUGUGGGAUGCACAUCUUCAUAAUGAAGAUGGCAUCUGUUCAGUGAAGGGAAACCAUGGCUCUCCAGAUCUUGGAGGACCACAACGUCCAUCACAACUCCACACUUUCAACUAAAACAACCACGGCCACUCUGGAGAAUCAUAGUUUCCAUGAGCACUGUUGUAAAUCGACAUGUGCUCUUCCACCUUAGUGAAGGUCCAGAUUCAUCAUCAUGAAGGGAAACCAUGGCUCUCCAGAUCUUGGAGGACCACAACGUCCAUCACAACUCCACACUUUCAACUAAAACAACCACGGCCACUCUGGAGAAUCAUAGUUUCCAUGAGCACUGUUGUAAAUCGACAUGUGCUCUUCCACCUUAGUGAAGGUCCAGAUUCUUCAUCAUGAAGGGAAACCAUGGCUCUCCAGAUCUUGGAGGACCACAACGUCCAUCACACCUCUACACUUUCAACCGGUGCAAGUUAAGAGUCCAAAACAACCACGGCAACGCUGGAGAAUCAUAGUUUCCAUGAGCUCUGUUGUGAAUCAACACGUGCUCUUCCGCCUUCUGUAUCUCCAACAUCUCUCUACGCUUCUCCAGAAUUGCUCGUUCAUCAUUUCCUGGCAGGAAGUUGACUUGGCGCCCGAUUUGGGGCCUUUCGAGACAUCUCGCCGACCCCCCGAGUACCGUUUCUUAGGAAAACAAGACUUUUAUUUCUUUAUAUUAAAGAGAAAAGGAGGGCAGAGGACGGGAUUCGUACAUGCCGUUGUGCAUUUUGGGGUGAAAGGAACUCUCCCUGGUAUUUCACCCCCGGCCGGUAGUGUUUCCUACGGAAAACAAUCCGCUCUUGCUUUAUAUUAAAGAGACAAGGAUUUCCCAGUGAGGGACUCUAGUGCUUCGAUGUUGUGCAUUUUUGUUUUGAAUGGUGUUGUGUUUCGUUGAAAUCGCAAGCGUUUCCUCACUUCGGAGGAGAGUUGUUGCCAUCCGCGACGGGUGGCUGACAAUUGGUUGUGUUUCUCCUGCUGCAAGGAUUGUCGUGCCGUGCGCAUACUGUGUAUGCUUUUUUAAUGUUUUAUGUUGGAAAAGGACAAAAUAAAGACAAAAAUUGCAUUGUG